AAUGCGUCUCUGUAAAUAUGACGCAAUGAACACUAAUGUUCAUUCGACAUCUGUGCAAAUAAAACUACUGCUUUUUCGAGCAUACUUAUUCGUAUCAUAACAUUAGUACUUUGCCGUUGACUGAGGUAGUCAUGUCUUUUUUCGCCAUCCUUUUAUUUACAACUAUUUUUUACACACAAUGUUCCGCUCAAAGUAUUUACGUGAGUGACGUCAACAUUAGAAUAGAGCCAGGAUCAAAAACAUGCCUCUACGAAACCGGAAAAGCAGGACAAAUGAUGGAAGUGUACUUCCAGGUACUCGAUGGACAACACGGCGACUUAGAUAUAUCCUUUCAAGUCAUCGACCCAAACAACGUUACAAUCGUUUCGCAUUACAAGAGUCCAGAAAACUCCAUCAUAAUGGACCUAAUAGUUGGCGGAGACUACUCAUUCUGCUUGGACAACACAUACAGUUUGAUGAAUUCUAAACUCGUGUUUAUAUAUAUCCUUUUAGAAGAUAAGAUUCCAGAGCACGACGGUGAGGCGGAGGUGACGACUGUGGACACCAAUGGAGAGGAACAGGGGGAAGAGCUGGAGUGGGAAGGAGUCGAUGAACAUGGAGAAAAGUAUUUCUUGAAAGUGGCGAACAUAGCGGACUCGCUGUCGCUGACAUUGUCCCACGUGGUAAAGUCGCGGCGCCUGCUAGACAUAUACGCGGCCACUAAGUCGCGCGACAGUUACAUGGCCUUCGAAGACACCUUUAUCGUCGACGCGUGGUCAGCUUUCCAAAUAACUCUAGUGCUGAUAGUAGGAAUGAUCCAAGUUUAUAUGAUUAAGAAACUUUUUGUGUGUCCUAACACUGGUUAUAAAAGUGUUUACUAAAUGAUAUUUAUAUGAAGUGAAUAAUGUAUAUUACUAAAUAGAAAUAGCAAUAAAUGAAAA